AUGCCAAGAAAGUCCACUGGUGGUAAGGCCCCAAGAAAGCAACUCGCUUCCAAGGCUGCCAGAAAGUCUGCCCCAUCUACUGGUGGUGUCAAGAAGCCACACAGAUAUAAACCAGGUACCGUUGCUCUUAGAGAGAUCAGACGUUUUCAAAAGUCCACUGAGCUUUUGAUCAGAAAGUUGCCAUUCCAGAGAUUGGUGCGUGAGAUUGCCCAAGAUUUCAAGACCGACUUGAGAUUCCAAUCUUCUGCUAUCGGUGCCUUGCAAGAGUCCGUCGAGGCUUACUUGGUUUCUCUCUUUGAAGACACCAACUUGGCUGCCAUCCACGCCAAGCGUGUUACCAUCCAGAAGAAGGAUAUCCAAUUGGCUAGAAGAUUGAGAGGUGAGAGAUCCUAGAUCUGAGGUGUUCCGCAAACUUGUAUAUUAGAUGGGAAUUGAAUAAUGUUUAUG